CGCUCGCGGCUUGAAGAGGUGACGAUAUCUCACGCUUUCUGCGUUCCUUCCGCCUGGACCUCUUCUUCUUCCCCCCGCCCAGGUUAGUUCGCAGCCAACCGUAGAUCCGAUAACGAGUAGAGAUUGGGAGGAAGGAUGGGAUCGGAGACGCGAGAGAUCGACGCGUUGAGGUUGGCGGUGCCGUUGGGGGGCGACGGCGAUGUCCUACACCUGGCGGCGGAUGCCGGAAGGACCGUCGGCCUCGUCCUAGUCGACAUCGUCAACGGCUUCUGCACCGUCGGCGCUGGAAAUCUCGCUCCAACCGAGCCUAAUGAACAGAUAGAAACUAUGGUGGAGGAGGCUGCUAAAUUAGCCAAGAUCUUCUCCGAUCGAAACUGGCCUAUCUUUGCUUUCCUCGACACACAUUACCCCGAUAAGCCUGAGCCUCCUUAUCCACCUCAUUGUAUAAUCGGUUCGGGCGAAGAAAACUUAGUCCCUGCUCUCGAGUGGCUGGAGAAGAGCCCAAAUCUCACUGCGAGACGGAAAGAUUGCAUCAAUGGAUUCAUUGGCUCAAUAGAGAAGGAUGGGUCCAAUGUGUUCUCAAAUUGGGUGAAAAAAUACGAGAUAAAAACUGUGAGUGAGCUCUAUAAAACUCGAUGUGUAGGAGGAAGUUUACUUCUGGUUUCGAUCAUAUUUCUUGUGAAUUUCUCUGUGCAGGUUUUGGUGGUAGGGAUAUGCACAGACGUCUGUGUGUUAGACUUCGUAUGCGGCACGCUCUCUGCUAGAAAUAUAGGUCUCGUUCCGCCAUUAGAAGAUAUUGUGGUGUAUUCAAAAGGCUGUGCAACAUAUGAUCUUCCAGUUCAAGUUGCAAGAAAUAUGAAGGGUGCUUUGGCCCAUCCCCAGGAUCUUUUUCAUCAUAUGGGACUUUACAUGGCCAAGUCGCGCGGAGCGAGGAUUGUUCAUGACGUGUCUUUCGGUUCAUAGAAUGAUGGAAGUAUCCUGGCAUCCCCAAAUAAGUAAAUCCUGGCAAGGAUGGUCCUAAGGUCUUAAUAAACAUGCCGUUUACUAAUUGUGUUGAUGGUUGCUUGCUGUACUAUCAACUGACAUGUUUUGUGCCAUGGUUGGUGGCUCUGUCAUCCACCUACCUUUGUAAAUUAUAGGACACUUUUUAAAGUCAUCCAUGCUUACAAGCUUAGUUUUUUCA